AUGUGGUUUUCCGACGACGAUGACGACUGGUAUUUCCCAGAUGACCCCGACUUUUACUCUUUCUUUACUCCCUCUCCCGACUCAUCACCUCACGACACCUCCGACAGCGACAUCAACACCAACACCAACACCAUGCCUCCCCAUCUAUGCCUCAUCUUCCACCCGCGGUCAAGCGGCCGUUCCCCAUCUCCCCAGUUUUCAAUCGGAGCAGGCUUGGCAAUUCUGUGGAAAAAGAGGAACUGUUUGUUUGGAGGAUGA